AUGCCUUUAUUCAGGAAUAUUCAUCACAAUCCAGAUUUCUUUGUUGAUCCUCAAAAGUUUGAUCCUUCUAGAUUUGAGGAUGUGGUGAGACCCAAUACAUUUAUGCCAUUUGGCAAUGGAGUACAUGCCUGCCCCGGUAACGAACUUGCUAAGCUAGAGAUGCACGUUAUGAUCCACCGUCUGGCUUCUCAGUUCAGGUAUGAAGUGGUGGGAUCCCAAGGUGGGAUUGAAUAUGGCCCAUUCCCCAUCCCAUCGCAUGGACUGCCCGCCAGAUUCUGGAAACAAGAAUCAACCAAUUAA